CCUCUUUCACCAUACGAACCUUCCUCUUAUUAAACCUUUGCUGGAGUAUUAGUCUACUAUUACUACUACUAGUAUAAAUAGACUAUUCCAUAAACCCUCAAAACCACAAAACAAAAGCAACACAAGUCACAAGAACACAAGAAACAUAGAUAAAUCUCUCAAAAUGGCACACAGUUACUUCCUUCCUCUGUUUAUUUCUCUUAUAGUCAUCUCCUCUGUUUCAGCUAAUUUCCAAAGAGACGUUGAGAUCACAUGGGGAGAUGGACGUGGACAGAUCACAAACAAUGGAGAGCUUCUCACUUUGUCUCUAGACAAAUCAUCUGGCUCUGGUUUCCAGUCCAAGAACGAGUACUUGUUCGGUAAAAUCGACAUGCAGAUGAAACUCGUCCCUGGUAACUCCGCAGGAACAGUCACAACACUCUACUUGAAAUCACCAGGAACCACAUGGGACGAGAUUGACUUCGAGUUCUUAGGGAACCUAAGUGGAGAUCCUUACACACUUCACACAAAUGUAUACACACAAGGCAAAGGAGACAAAGAACAGCAGUUCAAACUCUGGUUCGACCCAACAGCUGAUUUCCACACUUACACCAUUCUCUGGAACCCACAACGAAUCAUUUUCACAGUCGAUGGAACUCCCAUUAGAGAAUUCAAAAACAUGGAAUCUGUUGGUACUCUAUUUCCUAAGAACCAACCAAUGAGAAUGUAUUCCAGUCUUUGGAACGCUGAUGAUUGGGCCACGAGAGGUGGUUUGGUCAAAACCGAUUGGUCUAAAGCUCCUUUCACUGCUUCCUACCGUGGCUUUAACCAAGAAGCUUGUGUUUGGUCAAACGGCAAGUCGUCUUGUCCUAAUGGCUCGGGACAGGGGACCACUGGCUCGUGGCUGUCGCAGGAGCUUGACUCUACGGCUCAAGAAAGGAUGAGAUGGGUGCAGAAGAACUACAUGAUCUACAACUAUUGCACGGAUACGAAGAGAUUCCCUCAAGGUCUUCCUAAAGAGUGCUUUGCUGCAUAGAGAGUGAAGAAUUGAAGGACGUCUUUGUUGUUAUAAAAUUCUAUUCAUUUUAUUUUAUUGUAUAUCACAAGUAAUUGAUAUGAUUUGUUAAAGUAAUAUAUACUCCUUGCUACAA